AAGUUUAAAAUAUCCUGACAAAAAGACAAAUCAAGAAUAUAAAUUUCAAUAAAAAAAAGACAAUUAAAAUAUUGUAAUAUACCGAUAUAUGUUCAAUUUGAUUCCUUUCUUCAUUCAUCCAAACUUCAUUAAUUUCACAUAGUGUAAGAAUAAUUUUUGUUCAGUUUGAAUCUCUUUAAAAUGGAAAUGAGUGUUGUGAUUCCAUUUAUAGCUAUGAUAGUUCAGCAAUUAGCACAAGUUGGAAUAGCAGUGGUAGCUAAAGUGGCUAUGUCAACUGGGAUGACUGCUUUCACUUAUACCUUCUAUUCAAGUGCUUUUUCAACUUUACUUCUUAUUCCACUUUCCUUCUACCUCCAUAGAUCAGCUCUUCCACCUCUUUGGCCUACUUUUCUUUAUGGAUUUUUCGUGCUUGGCCUAAUCGGUUUUUUGAUGCAAGUGCUUGGAUUUCUUGGACUUCAAUAUUCAUCUCCAUUACUUUCCACAGCAAUAUUGCAAUUAAUUCCAGGAUUCACUUUCAUUCUUGCAGUCAUCCUCAGGAUGGAAUCUUUUGAGUACAAGAGUUUGAGCACAAUGGCUAAAACUAUUGGGAUUUUAGUAUCAAUAAUAGGUGCAUUUGUUGCAACUCUAUAUAAAGGCCCUCAAGUUUUUGGAUUUAGCCAUUUAAAUUCAAUAUUAACAACCCCUUCUGCUUGGGCCAUUGGAGGUUUGCUCACUAUGAUUUGCUCUCUAAUUGCAUCUCUAUUUAUCAUUUCACAGGCAUUUAUCCUUAAGAAAUAUCCAGCAGAGCUGAUUUUAAUGUUGUUUUAUAGCUGCUGUGUUACAAUAUCAUGUGCUGUUUUCUCUUUAAUUAUUGAAAGAGACUUGAAUUCUUGGAGUUUAAGCCCUCACAGCAGAUUAAUGGCUCUCAUAUUCUCGGGUUUAUUUGGAAAUGUGUUCCAAGUUAGUAUAGGUGCAUGGUGUGUGAGGAAAAGAGGACCUCUCUUUGUUAUCAUGUUUCAUCCACUAGGUAUUGUGAUUGCUAUGGCUGCCAGCAUAUUCAUGGGUGAAAUUAUUCAUGUUGGAAGUUUGGUGGGAUCAAUCAUCAUUGUGGUUGGGUUUUAUUUAGUGAUAUGGGGAAAAGCUAAAGAAUGGAAAAAGGAAGAAAAGAACUUAGGAUCAAACAACAAAAACAAGAUGCCAUUAUUACAAGAUAAAGUUGUUGAUGAUCCUGAGAUUAAUCUAUGAGACAAAAUCUUGGAAGGUAUAACAUUAAGGCUGUUUGGGAUUGUUUUUCGUCCCGUUUCAAAAGUUUACAAUUUUAUUAUAACAACACGCGCAAUUUGGGAGUAUUUUAUUUAAAUUGAAAUUUGAUAAAUAUAUAUAUUUUUAGUUUCUUCCUAAAAUGCCUCAAA